AUGACUGCCGCGCCGGGCGAGAAAGCUGUGCGGCUGAGAUUGAACACCACCACGAACUGGUCCCUGCCGAGAGACGCCGCGGGCCGCUCGUCCGGGCCGGACGAGAAGAUUUUGCCGCUAUCUCCUAGGGGCGCCGCGGGGAGUUAUAGAUGGGACGGUCAAAAGGAGGACCAUGGGCACGAAGGUCUUUCGGAUGGGCGGCAGCAGCAGCAACAACAGCGGCAAGGGCCUGAGAGUCUGGGUGUGGAGUCGCUCAUCUCAAGACCUCAGGAUAGUCUUGGCCAUUUGCCUCUCGACGUGGUGGAGGAGUUGAAGAAGAUGAUCAAGGAAGAAGUUGCUCAAGUCGCUCAGGUCGUCCAGCUGAAGAACAGUGAGGCCGACACACCCACCGACACGUCACGUCUCUCCCCCUUAUCGGGCCAGAGCUCCGUCUUCACGCCAUCGUAUCCCAGUCCGCCGCCAUCGGUCAUUGAAGCACUGAGUUCCUCCAAAGUGUCUUCGCCUAGGGAUCGAAGCCCAGAAGUCACGCAUGCGAAGACGGCGCCACCUUCGGUCCCCAUGCCGGCAGGUCAGUCCACUCCGCCCGUCAGCCCUGUGUCGAGGGCUGUUCAAUUCCGGAGCAGGGGCCCGCCGGUGAUUCACGGCCAGCCGCGUGCCGACUCGAAUUUGGAAUCCGUCUCACCUACCAUUACUGCUGCCGCAGGGCGGGUCGAGCUGAGUAGUGUCGACAAGGCCUGGGGAAUGUUGUUCGACUCUAAGGGGUAUUCUACGCAACGUCUCAACUCUGUGCUCAGGGGACUGGCGAAAUUCAUGAUUGCCGAGCUUGGGCACCCAGAAACUUUGGUCGUUACCCCUGAUAAGAUGCUCACUUUGUACACAAAGUAUAAGGUCGAGCCUGAGAGGUUCCAAUAUGAAGAAAUCUUCAGAUCGCGUUCGGAAGACGCACUGAAACGGAUCGAGUUCCUGUACCAGGACUUGGACUGCCAGUACCACCUCAUCCAGGCCGCACCCAGAUCUCACCCCAACGUACCUGGCCUGACCCCCAUGGGCUUCGCCAAGUGGAUGAUCAAUAACAUCCUCGCAUAUCCCGACCCGGAAGCCAGGCGUCUGCACGCCAUCGUGUCCGCUCUGCCCAUCAACGCCGACGGGCCUGUCCUCGACGGCAAGCCCGAGAGACUACCCAGGCAGCUCUCCCGGCAUCUCUUCCCGGAGUCACACGACAAAAAGGUCCGCAAGAUCCUCGACGAGGCGGUGUGGGACUGUCUCGAGGACGUUGCGCCGCCUCUGCCGUCCAUCCCGAGGGCCAGGCCCAGCCCCUCACACGAACUGGCCCUGCCUUCCGAGGCGAACACGCAUGCCCGACGGCCGGGCAGCGAUCCUAGGCGUCCUGCGCCCGUACCGCAUCGGAGGACGUACGACCGCGGAAGCCACCGACUGGCACCACACCCCGCAAGGCUCCCCCGUGCCAACUCGGACGCGGGCGCCCCGUUGCCCAGACAUCGCGACCUACCGCCCCCGCCGAUGGGACGACACUCCGUCCCCGGGAGACAACGCAGCCCGGCCCCGGUCAACCGGUAUAGCGCCUCGUUGCCGGCCAUCUCGCAGCACCACCUUGAGUCCUUGUCGCCGUUGUCGCAGCUCGCCUCUGCGUACGACAUCCGGGGAAGCGACACUGACUAUGGCGUGUGCUCUGGCCGAGACGGCCGUGGCUCGGAUCUGAGGGACGAGUCGCCGCGGUCGCCUGGUCUCGGCAGGCGUGCUGGCGCCGGCGCGGGUGCAGGUGCGGAUCGGGGCCCGACGUGGGAGGAGGUGUAUAGUCACAAGGGGUCCUCGGGCGGGAGGGGGUCGUCUGUCGAUGGGGGGUCGCUUCGUUCGUCUCGUUGA